AUGAAAGUGAAUGGCAAACACUUGAGUGAUAUACAAAUCAUUGAAAAUCUAACAAAUAUUCUUGUUGGAGGUUUCGAAACAACAGCAUCUGCUUUAGGAUAUUGUCUCUUAGCACUUGCAAUGCAUCCAGAGAUUCAAGAAAAAUGUUUUGAUGAGCUUAUAAAAAAGUUUCCAGACGAAAAAAUGGAACUAACUCCCGAAAACAUAAAAAAACUCACAUAUUUGGACAUGGUUAUAAAAGAAACAAUGCGUCUUUUCCCUCCGAUUCCUGUUUCGGCACGACAAAAUAUGUCGGAUCUCGAUGUCGGAGACUACGUUUUUCCGAAAGAUACCAUUUUGGUUUUGAAUAUUUUUAAACUUCACAGAGAUAAAGAAUUAUGGGGAGACGAUUGUCUUCAAUUCAAUCCUGAACACUUCAGUCCUGAAAAUAUUGCAAAAAGACAUAUUUUCGCCUUCUUACCAUUUACAGCAGGCAACCGAAAUUGUAUUGGAGGUAGAUAUGCUUUAACUUCCCUAAAAGUUGGAUUGGCUCAUAUUCUGCGACAAUACAAAUUUUCAACGCCGUUAAAAAUGAACGACCUUGUGUUCAAACUAAGCAUAACAUUGAAAAUCACAAAUGGAUUCAUGGUACAAUUGAGCAAGAGAACGAAAGAUGAACACGUUUAA